GCUGAAUCAAAGGCGCCUUCCCCAAACCCGGCGUUCCCCAAAAAAGCUUCCUCUGCCACCCCACUCCCCUCCUCCUCCCCGGGGCCCGGGGGCAUUUCUUUAGGUCUUUUCUGGUCUCUCAGAAGAGCCACACGCAGGUGUUCUGAGACGCUUCUGGAGAAAAGAAAUCUGCUGGAGAAGUAACUGGGCUUGAGCGCGAUGGGCGGGCCCUUGGCGGGGAACUUACUCCUGGGCUGGCUGGAGCGCGGGGAGGGGCAGGGCGGGACUGUCACUUCUCACGGGGUGUGUGACCCGCUCUGCUAGCAGUUGGAGAGGCUCCACAGCCAUGUCCGGGAUCUGGGUUCUCCUGUCACUGAUGAUACAGUGGAAGGAUGGAGCCCAUAUUGAUUUUGCCUGUGCACAGCAAGGGAAAGACAGCCAUGUAUUUACCUGUAUCGCUGGACCACUGUCUAAAGGUGAUGAUGCCCAAGUGACUGACACCGAUUCUGAGAUGGUGAAACUGAAUAUUACUAAAAGGGAGUCUGAGUGCCCGGAAGGCCAGCAUCGUGAGGACCAAUUCUGCUGUCAGCCAUGCCCUCCUGGCAAACGGAAACAUGCUGACUGCACAAGCCCUGGUGGUGCACCACAGUGUGUGCCUUGCUCUGAAGGGGAGGAUUACACAGACAAGAACCAUCAUUCUUCUAAAUGUAGAAGAUGUAGAGUUUGUGAUGGAGAACACGGCCUAGAAGUGGAAAAAAACUGUACCCGGACCCAGAAUACCAAGUGCAGAUGUAAACCAAACUUUUUCUGUCACACUUCUCAAUGUGAACACUGUAACCCUUGCACCACGUGUGAACAUGGAGUCAUUGAGAAUUGCACACCAACCAGCAACACCAAAUGCAGAGAAGGAUCCAGAUCUAACCUACACUGGUUAUGGGCCCUCCUGAUCCUCAUUCCCAUAUCUGCACUCGUAUACAGGGAGGUGAAAAGACGGUGCAGAAGAAAAGAGAAUGGUUACCAGAAACCUAUCACCUCAAAUGCUGAAGAGAUGCCAAUGAUAAAAGACGUUGACUUGGGUAAAUAUAUCACCCGUAUUGCCGAACAGAUGAAAAUAACUGAAGUUAAAGAUUUCGUUCGGAAGAAUGGUAUCGAAGAAACCAAAAUAGACGAGAUCAUGCAUGACAAUCCCAAAGAUACAGCUGAACAGAAAGUCCAGCUGCUCCGUAAUUGGUAUCUCUACCAUGGGAAGAAAGACGCCUAUUGCACUUUGAUUCAAGGUCUCAGAAAAGCCAAACUUUCUGCUCUUGCAGAUAAAAUUAAUGAUAUCGUCCAGAAGGAUGUUACUAGUGAACAAGAAAAUGCAAACUCCCAGAAUGAGAAUGAAAGCUUGACCUAGAGUGAAAAACAACUAACUCAGUUCUGAGAACAUACUAAACAGAAAGAUUAAUGCUCGAAUUAAGUUCUUAGCAGCUGCGGGCUGUAAACAUCGCUUGGUUUUUUUUACUGGAUGUGUUUUCUUUUUUCAUUAAUUAGAUUUGCAGGGCUAAUAUAUUUACAGGCUUUGAACAUCCCAUGAUUCUGCCUCCUUCAAGGAUGCUUAAAAUCUAAUUGGGAAGACGGACACGGUUAAGAGUGAACACGAUGACGUGUUCACUGCGCACCUAAGAGUGUAUGUGAAGGACAAAAGACUGAGAUCAUGCUCGAUGUCUCACAUAUGAUUCUGUGUGAAGGUAACUAAUGCAGUAAAUUCAAGUACCUAGCCCCUGGCUGACUGCAUUCAGUGAAUCAGUCCCUGCGACUUUUUUGUUGCAAUGUUACAAUCACUGCCUCUAAACAACCUCCCUAGCAUCGUUAGUGAAAGUUUGCAUAGACAUCUGAAUGCAGAGUUUAAUAAGGUUCUACCUCAAAGAUCUUUGCACAGAUUUCCCAGCAUUUUGUUGUGAAAUAUUUCAAUUUUGAAAUCACAUAGAAAAUGCAGACUCAGUUAUAAUGCUUGAAUGUUAGGUACUUGUUUGACACUUUACUGGAUCAAGAUAAUCCACCUCUUAGGGAUCCAAACAUUUUGAUUGGGAAGAAUUACUAGAGCAUGGCGAUGUCUCUGUUUUCUCCUUGAUGUGCAUUUUGACAGCCUGUGCCCUGCCCCCAGAUCUGGAAAGACUGCCUAAGAAGCUGCUCUUAGAAACAGCUAGCUUGGUUUGGAAAGCCUAACAGCCUGCUCUUAAUUAGUCUUAGAGAGUCCUAGAUAGCUUUGUGGCAAAUUGUAAAUCCAGGUCUACCACCCUAGCUGAUGAGACAGAUUCUUAUUUGGCCCCGUGCCCCCAAAAAGAUGUUCAGUAACUCCCAGUGUUUUCUUGUUGCAGAGGCAGCUUAUACACAGCAAAAGUGAAACCUAUCAGGUUUUAGGAAUUGCUCUUGUUAUUUGCUGCAGCUUCUUAGACAGACAAGCCCCUCUCCCCACUAUCACUUCUAUACUUUAAUGUUUGAACACUUGAAAGUUUGUAUUAAAUGUGACCUUUUUUUUUUUUUUUUUUUGCUUUAUAGGGCUGCGCUCAC